AUGACUAGGAAACGAUUAAGAAUUACACCAGAGUUGGAGAACAAUAGAAUUGAGGAAGCGGUGACAUUAAAUAACAUGACGGAACAGAAUCGUAGCAACACGCAGUCCCAAAAUUACAGCCAUGCUGGUUCAUACUCGUCACUGUAUACAAUAUGUCAGAUAGUUGGAUUACUACUUGUAUUUUCUGUGUUUUAUUGGAUUAUCACUUUCCGAGGAGGAUUUGGAUUUACUGAAGCCCAAAUCAUAUUCAAUUGGCACCCACUGUUUAUGACAAUUGGUUUUAUUUAUUUAUUUGCAAAUUCUAUUCUUCAUUAUAGAACAUUCCGCAAUUUAAAAAAACGAGAUUUGAAAAAUCAUCAUGCAAUUAUUCAUGGUUGUAUAAUUGUUCUUGUAUUACUUGCUGGUUGGGCUUCUUUUGCUUCUCAUAUGUAUAGUAAUCCUCCCAUUCCAGAUUUGUAUAGUUUACACAGUUGGUUGGGUGUUGUUACCAUUUCAAUGUUCCUCUCUCAGUUUGUAAGUGGAUUUGUGUCCUUCUUGUUUCCUGGAAUAGCUGCACAAUAUAGGGAAGCUAUAAUGCCUUAUCACAUUUUCUUUGGAAUUUUCAAUUUUAUAUUGGCAAUCGCUACUGCAGUCCUUGGAUUCAGUGAAAAAUUAAUUUUUGCUUUGAAAGACACCUAUAGAACUUAUCCAAAAGAAGGACUGUUUGGCAAUUUUUUGGGCUUACUAUGUGUUUUUUACGGUGGAUUAGUAGUGUUCAUGGUAACAAAACCAGAAUUUAAGAGACAACCUAAACCUGAAGACGGUGUGCUGUUAACUGGAGCUUUAGAAUAA